AUGACCGAGAAGAUUUGUAACGAUUUGGUGAUAAAGCUUAAAGCUCACGGUUCCAAUAAAGACUUUUGUAAUUUGGCUGCUGCUCAUGAGGAAUACCAUACCGUUUUGAAUAAGAUAUCUUCGAACGAAAAAAGUUCGUUUUCUCUUAAUGUGCUGUGCAUAUUAUGCCGAAAUCUUGAGAAAGUUCCAUCAUGGAGAAAUUCUAUAGAUAAUAAGGAUUUUUUAAAGCUGUGCAUAGAUUGUGUUAGGCAUACAAGAGGUGUGACUGGUGAACCACAAGUAAAGACCCUGGCAGCCAUUUACCAUGUACAUAAAUAUAUUGUCAAACAGAAUGUAUCUUCUGUACCACCGGAAUUGGUACUCAAAUUAUCAAUAAUGCCAUUUGAGGCAGACAUACUCCUUAAGGAAUACCACAAAACAUACUGGAGUGUUUUAGCAGAUAGAAUAAAUUAUAUAGAAAAGCUAAAACCUUUGAGGAUACCAAUAGUUAAACUUUUUCCAAAACUGAAUGAGGAUUUGUCAAAAGUGAUACAAAUUUACACAGACCAAAGUGAUUUCUGUACUAAUAUCUUGCCUUUUAUUGUGAAAAAAUUGAAUGUAAUAUAUGCCGAUGUUUCUUUAAGUAAUUUGAAUAAGACAUAUCAAAUUAUUUUUGAUAAUAUUAGAUCUUAUGACUUAAGUGGAUUGAAAGAUGAACACUUAGAUGAGAUUUAUACUAAAGUUAGUGAGUGUGUUUAUGUUAUAACAGAGAUAUCGUCAAAAUCUGACUUUAAAGAUUCACCGUUAGAUGAAAUUGUUAGGACAUGUUUGUCCCUCCUUGGGCAUAGACCAGAUAUUUUUCAUUGUCUGCAGACAUUCUAUUUAAAUUCAUUUAUGUAUAUCUUAAGUAGACCAAAAGAUGCCGAGAAUGUAUUUCGAAAUAUGCUGGUGUCUUGUGAGACAACAGAAAAACUGGGAUAUAAAUCUAUAAUGGUGGCGACAUAUCCGUACCUUAAUCAAUUGUUAAGGCUAUGUAUAGAACAUUACCAAAGAAAAAAAUUUGAAUUGAACGAAAAUUGCCUUAAUUUAAUAUUAUUUCUGAUGGAGAAAGUAAAGAAUUGCAAACAACUUAUUAAAUGCGAAAACUGUAAGAUCCAAACAGGAUUUCAUGAUGCCUUACGUUUAAGUUUUUUAGUGAAAAAUAUAGUUAAUUUGAAUACAAAGCAGAAACUUCUUUAUUCAAUAAUCGAUGAGCAGUAUGAAAUUUUAAAAACGUUAAGACUUUUGAAGUGUACAAAUCAUGAAAAGUAUUACGCCAAACUCGUAUCAGACACACACAACACAGCGAUACAAUUCUACAAAUCACAGCAAUAUGAUUUUGCCAUACGGCUAUUUGACUUUUGUAUAAAAAAUGAAUUUGAGACUCAGAAUAAGAAUUUGUGCCGAGCGCUAUACAAUAAGAGUAUAUGUGAAGCCGACAGGAAAUUGUAUGUGAAUGCAUUAAAGGACGCUUUCUUAAGUAUGGUCUUUGACAACGGACAAAAUUUGGAGAAAUAUAUGAGUUUAGUGCUUGAUAUAAAAGGUAAAGCGGUGAAUAGUGAUGUGGAAAAUAAUGAUGGGAUACAACUGAUGUCAGUUAUCGAUGCUUGUAAUGAAAUAAGUGAAUAUAAAAACCUAGUUCCAUUGUUGAGGAAGAUCAAAUUUAGUGAUCUAUUGAAGCAUGAGUUCUCAAUUUAUGUGAAACUUUGGCCGUCCCUUGUUCCUAUAACUGGAGUUAUCAGAUCUUUAAAUAAUAUGAUAUUGGAUAAAUAUGAAUGGACAUUUUCUGAAGACAAGCCAAUGUUAAAAAAUAUUUUGUAUGAUGUAAUUCUGAAGACUCCGGAUGUGGUACGAACAAUACAGGAAGCGAAUUUUAAAGAAAUUGUCAAGAAAAUUAUUGAAAAUAUGGAGUAUAAUAAAUUGCCAUUAAACGACAAAAUCGUGUACAUAGCUUUAUUGAUGAUGAAGUCCGAACACGAUUUACAAGAUGCCUCCGACAGAUUUGGGUGGAAGCAAGCAGAACAUACAUUUGACCCCAGUAAAAGCACAGUGUACAAGAGUAUUCUGGACGAAUUCAACGCUUCCAAGGAUUCCAUACGAGCCGUGGAAUUGUUGACUACCCUCAAAAGGGAAAUUAAAAAUGUGUCAUCGAACCGGCUACCCCACUUACUAUACUUGUGUGAAAUGACGAUCUUUCAAUUGUUGCACCUCGAGAGAACAACUCACGCACUUCAGUUGGCGCACAUUGGGAUGCGUUUGGCAAACCUCGUUGGAGACAAAGUAUCGUUCGUCCGCUGUGCGGGAGUUCUGCUCUUUCACGCUGGAGCCGAGCGAACCGAAUUCAACGCGAUCGCAAUGAACGCUGUGAAGGUGUGCGCCGUCUUGCUCAAGGACAACCAGACGGCCGACCCGGCACUCGUGUUCCUGUGUGAGCUUGGUAUAUACUAUGCAAGGUGUAAAAAGCUAUCAAUAGCGGCUCAGCUUUUAAGGAAGGCUGAGAAAUGUGUAGUGGAUCUAAUUAAAAUAUUUCCUGGUGUACAUUUGGACCUUGCAAUCGGUAAGAUAAUGGAGUUGGGUGUGAUGAUGAGCGAUGUGUCUCUCCUCUCCGCUGUGAAUAUUAUUCAGAGGCACUAUUUGACUGCACAGCCCACUGAAAUGACAUGGCUUACCCGUCGUCGUCACCAGCUCCAAAUAAGAUUCUACAUACAGCAGGCGAGCGUGACGUGUGCGUCCGUGUGCAAUCGUCUGAAAUUGUGGCGGAGGGCCAAAACAGCGGCGGGAGCUGCCCUAACGCCCUCGGGCUCCGCUGCCCACGGCAGGCUCUUCGCCCUCCUCUGUGACCCAUGCCGACCGGAUGAUGCGAAGAUUAAAAUCGACAAUCGUCUAAAAUAUAUCCUGGGCUUGACGCGAGAGAUAAAGCCUCAAAACGAAGAUGCUAAGAAGACUCCACCGAAGUCAUUCAAAUAUGAAAAUAUCGAAGUUUCCCUCAACUGCUUGACGAUUGGGGAUAAAAGCCCCACCAGCUCUUAUACCUCUGUGCCUGCUUUUCACAUGCCAGGAUUUUUGGACCACGUCCAGUGCGCGUGCUACGCGUGCACGGUCCCCGCGUGUUCCAUCCUAGCGUGCCUCACGACUUCCUUGGAAGCCUCCACGUUCUUCCGGUCGAAGGAGACCCAAAUCGCCAGGAACUACUUCGAGGGGGCCUCGGAAAGUUUUAAACUCGCCGAAGCGAAAUUGAAGUCGAUUGACAAUUCAAUGUUUGAAGAUUAUAUCGCUGAUGCUGUCAAGACGAGGUAUUUGGAAGAGUUGAGAACGAUGGAGGUCGACUUUUUAAUAGAGUACGCGUUUUUCGAGCUGUCAAAGGGCCGUUUUGACAGGACAAAUGAGUUGACAGCAAAAAUAUGUGGGAUCUGUCAGAACGUUGACGCGUAUGUCAAAAAUGAAAUAGCGAACUUGAUGAUGGCGACGUGCAACAUGUCAAAGCCAAAGAGGGCCCAGAUGAAACAUCUAGAGGUCGAAUUUGACAAUUUGAAACUGACGGAAGUGCCGAAGACGCCGGAGUCGAGGGUGAUGCCCAAACUUCAGACUCCCAAAAUUGUUAUAAAUGAAGAGCUGCCAAAGAGAUUGAAGCCGAUUAAUAAGUUGCUGGACUUCGAUAAAAAAGAGGAGACCCCGCAAAAGCCGAAGCCAAAAUUCAAAAUUCCGGAGCCAAAGAUAUCCAAACCGAACUUGGAGACCAUAACUCCACGACCUUCCCGAUCCAGACCUAAAAUAGCAGUCGAGGAAUCUCCGCAGGAGUUCUUCACGCCGAAAUCGCCAGAGGAGAAGUUCUUCACGCCGUUACCGAGGACCUAUUUGAGGCCGAAGAAUCUGGAAGCUGAAUUUCUGACUCCUUCCGAACCGAAGAGGUCGCUGCGGAAAAAGACCUUGUUGAGAGCGACCAGCCCCGGGAAAUUGGAGAAGGAGGUGACAAAGUCCAGACGAGUCAAACAACCAAAUUUUGAUGAUUGA